AUGCUUUAUCUCGCCGAUAAUAGACUAACCGAUUUACCAAGUAGACUCGCCCAAUUGAGGAGCCUGGAGGUCCUUGAUCUCUCGAGGAAUCGCAUGAGCAAUAUUCCAUCCACGAGCUCGAUCAACCAAUUACCCAACCUCCAUUUUCUUAAAUUAACGAAAAAUCCGCUCAGAAGUCUGAGAGGCAUCAGUGUUCGCUCUCUCGUCUCCCUCGAAGCUGAUAACUGUGAGAUCAGUGGAGUCGAUCAUCUCAUAUUCGACUCACUGCCAUCGUUGAGAACUCUCAACGUAACCGGAAAUCCUUUGAAAUUCAUCGAUCAUUUGGUGAGUGAAAAUUUAACGGAGCUGGUAUUGAAAGACUGCCAAUUAAUGGAUAUACCUGCUGAGACUUUCGAUGGGUUACCGAAUCUUCAAAAUCUCGAUCUCUGUGGCAACCAACUGAAAACAUUACCCAACGAAAUAUUCUUACAUAAUAUGAAACUCGUGUACCUGAGUCUUAGCAACAAUACAUUGGAGAGGAUCAAAAAUUCUUGGUUCGAAGAGAAGCCAAAUCUGCAAAAACUUGAUUUGUCUGAGAACGAAAUAACGUCCAUAGAGGAGGCUGUAUUUGCUAAACUUUUUGUCCUUUCCGAGUUGAAUCUUGGCGGUAAUCGAGUAAGAGCAUUGCCCAAUUUGAAAACUUCGGCGAUAAAUGUGAAUUUGGCGAAAAAUUCAAUCGAAAAUCGAAGAUUGUGGGAUUUGUCGGAUAUGGCGAAAGUGCGGAAGCUCGAUUUGAGCAAAAAUCGCUUUGACGGAGAUUGCGACGAGUUCAAAUCGGUUUCGUUGCGCAUACUCGAUCUUGGAUUCAACAAUAUGACGAGAGUAAAGCGGAAUAGCUUUUCGAAGGUCCCGAGUUUGACCGAUUUGAGCCUGAAAGGAAAUAAGAUUUCCCAUGGAGCUGAUCUUGUCUUCGACGAUGCCACAAUUCUAGUCGAUAUCGAACUCGAUGAUAACCCAUGGCACUGCAAUUGCUCCGAUCUUCUACCUCUAUAUACCUGGUUACAACGUGGACAAAGGGCCGCCCUUACGAGUCUCAUAUGCUUCACUCCCAAGAGGGCAAAGGGUAACACAUGGUGGGAGUUUUGUUCAGAAGAGUGGAAAGACUUGUUAAAGUCUAACAGUUCUACUGACUCGAGCAAAAUUUGGCUAAUCAUCGUCUCAAUCGCGUUUGGCCUCUGUCUCGUCAUAGCAUCCUUCGUUUACAUCAUAUACACGUGUAAAAAAAAUAAUUCUUCGUAA